CUGACAUAUCCAGCGUAUGUCUAUAGAAAUGCAUACCAGAUAGUCAGUUAAACAUACAUCUGACUGCACUGUUACUGUUCACAUCGAAUCGAUGAGAUGAUUCAUUAUGUUGAUUAUGCUGUGAAUAGAAGGGAACAUCGAAAUGGGGACUUUUUUUCUGUCGACUGUAACCUGGAUCACCAUGAUCUGUCUCGUGAGAGCCCGGAUGUCUGGCUCACAGAAACUCCCGAACAUCCUCAUCAUGAUGGCCGACGAUCUGGGAAUUGGCGACGUGGGUUGCUUCGGGAAUACUACCCUGAGAACGCCACAUCUUGACGGACUGGCGAGCGAUGGCGUAAAGCUGACGCAGCAUCUAGCGGCCGCCAGCGUUUGUACGCCGAGCAGAAGUGCUUUUCUAACAGGGCGGUAUCCAAUUCGAUCAGGAAUGGCGCCUGGUGGCGUUGUCUCGGUUAUAACGUUCCUUGCUUGCACCGCCGGUCUACCUCCAUCGGAAGUAACAUUUGCCGAGAUUGCCAAAGAGGCAGGUUAUUCUACAGCGUUGAUAGGUAAAUGGCACCUGGGUUUAAGCUGUGAGAAAUACAACGACAGCUGUCAUCAUCCGAUGAAGCAAGGUUUUGACUAUUAUUACGGCAUUCCACUGACAAACCUCAAAGAUUUCGGUGGAGAAGGGGACUUGGUCAUUCUGUCUCACGCACCCUACAUUAGACACCAGAUUCUGCUGACAACGUCAGUCAUCCUUGUCUGCACGUUUUAUCUCCACAAAAAGGGAAUACUUGGAGGGUUUUUCACUGGGUCGAUAAUGGCUCUGUUUUUCCUUGUCAUCACCUCUUUUUUUCUCUAUUUUCUUGACUUUACACAAACGGGUAGCCUCCUGAUGCGCGAAUACGACGUGGUGGAACAGCCCAUACGGCUUCAAAAUCUCACUAAGAGGUUUGUUCUUGAGGGACAAGAAUUUUUGCGCAAUCGCCAUGAAGACGGAAGGCCGUUCCUGUUGUUUUUGUCCUGGUCACAUGUCCACACCUUCCUAGACAAUAUGGCAGAGUUUGUUGGGAGGAGCCAACACGGUCGCUAUGGUGACGCUGUCGAGGAGUUAGACUGGGGAGUGGGUCAGAUACUUCAGACGUUAGACACUCUUGGUUUCACCGACGACACCUUGGUGUACUUCACCUCAGAUAAUGGCGGACAUCUAGAAGAGAUGGACCUGCACGGACAUAGAAAUGGGGGUCAUAACGGAAUCUACCGAGGCGGGAAAUCCCAUGGUGCAGCGGACGGCGGGAUUCGGGUGCCGACGAUCGUCCGCUGGCCAGGUGUGAUACCUGCUGGGACGAUCUCAGACGAACCCACCAGCCUGAUGGACCUACUCCCGACCAUUGCUAGUGCUAUCAACCGGCCCUUGCCCACGGACAAAGUUUUAGAUGGCAGAGAUCUCAGACCGCUUUUAUCCGGAAAAACCCAUGUCUCUUCACAUGAUUUUCUUUUCCAUUACUUUGGUUCUAGGAUCAAUGCAGUCAGAUACAGGCCGAGAACAGGUUUCGACGUGUACAAAUUGGUGCUGGCUAGACCAAACUACCUUCCAGGAAAAGAAAUGUGUACGUUUGUGUGUUCUUCUCGCGAUAUUGUGUUCCUAGAACAGCCUGAACUAUAUAAUGUUGCCAAAGACCCCAGUGAAAAACAUCCACUAGAUCAUACAAACGUUGCUGAGUACAGACAAAUAAAAGAGGCUAUGUAUGAAGCCAUACAGACUCACCAAAGUGGCAUUGUCCCCGCACAGAAACAGUUAACUCUCCUCAACCUAGUUUGGAGACCUUGGAUGCAACCGUGUUGUAAUUUUCCCUAUUGUAGGUGUCAAGAUCAAAAAUUUAAUGGAUCAACAUAA